UCUAAGGAACCUUCUAAUUCUUGGCUUACAGGCCAAAGCACAAAGGGACCAAGACGCCAACGAAGAGUUCUAGAUUGAUGGCUACCAGAACCAACAUGUAUGUGCUGAGAGCAUUGGUUAAUAAGAUGAGAGCAUUAUAUAAUACGAUUGCUUUGGCUCUGGGCGAAACCACUUGGAAGAUAAAAGGAAUUUGCGUUACUUUUAAAUUUCAAGCUGCUGUGCUCAAGAAGCAUCUAGAGUGCAAUUCAAUGUAUAUCUUUAGAGAUUUUGCUUGGAACUCGUGUUUGCAAUGUUGGUUAAAGUUUUCUAAGAAUAAACUUUAAUUGAUUUGAAUCUGUGUUCAAGAUAUUGAUGAGUGAAAUCAAUGGAAGUUAUAUGAUGGAAAAAGGCUAUAUAAACCUCUCUACUUCCCCUCUCAAUACAUUCUAUCAUCAUCACACUCAUUCAUUCAUUCAUUCAUUCAUUCAUUCAUUCAUUCACUCAUUCAUUCAUUUAUUCACUCACUCAUUCAUUCAUUUAUUCCAACAAUCAAACUUUCUUUAAGAAAAUCAAUCACUCACUUUCAUCAAAAUGAGGUUCUCUAUUGCCACCAUCAUUGCCUUCGUUGCUAUUGCCAAUGCAGCUGCUUUACCAGUUGCAGCACCAGAAGCUGCAGUUGGAGAUGCAAAUGCAGUCGUUGAAUCUUCAGUCGAUACUUAUUUCAGUGGACAAGUGCGAGAUAUCUCUCAAAAUUCCUUAUAAAAUGCUAAUGAUUUGAUAGUUUAAUGGCGCUGGAGCAUUGGUUUCCAAAGAUGCUGACGAAGUAAAUCAAGCACUUCAAAAGCGCGAUCCAGCAACUAUAACUGUACUUGCAAUAGCUGGCGUCGCAGCCAUUGCUAAAUUGACCGAAAUCGCUAUUGAACUCGCAUCACAGACGCUCGCUAAUGUCCAAAAAUGGAACCCAGUGAGUAGCCUUUAAACCUUCUGAAAGGAAUUGCUUUGAUGCUAAUCAAUCUAUUUUCCAGGCACGUGAGGCGUUCACUCGGAAAACUACCCUCGAGAUGUGGAACAGAAACCCAGAUUACAACAAGUACCCUGCCGUUGCUUGUUACAACAAAGGUUAUCAUCUCCAAAAUCCUAGUGGUCAAGCUGGAAGAGUAUCUGUCAAACUCGAGCUUGGUCUUCUUCACACUAAGUAAGUAACCUAUAUGCUUUGACAGCUAUCCCUUCACAAUUCGAUAGCUUACUAUUAUAGCUACGAUUGUCUGUUCAUGACUGGAAACAAUGUAUUUAUUACUCAUAGCGAAGGUGGAUAUAUCAAUGUAAGAAACCAUUUUUAUAAAAAAACAAAUGCAACUAUUUUACUAACACAUAACUAGCUUUCCUACAGAUACAAUGGCAGCCGUUGCAGCUUCAACAAAUCCAAUGGCGAUUUGACUUGCAAAUAAAGAGUUUAAAAGCUAGAGUUCUCUACUACGAGAACUCCAUACAGCACAGCACGACUGUCUUGUUAUCAGUAGGAGGAGAAGCGAACAUGGGUCAGGUGGCCACCUGAUCCAUUGUUUCGUUGAUAGAUUUUCGUUAUCAUUGCAUGUUUACUUGUUCGGGCUUUGUUUUGGUUUGGCACUGUUGUGCUUGGUUGGUUACUCGGAUAGACUAAAAUAUAGGAUUUGUUCAUUUUGCAUUCAUUCGAAUCUUUUGAUUGAUAUUCUUGAUUGAGAGGAGCUCCAUUAAUGAAUACAGUGAUUCUGCAUGUGAAUCACCCCCAAGCUCCACUUGAUCGACUUGGUCGAUUCCGAGUAAAAGCUUCCGCCAGUCGUCGGAUGCCAACUUAUCCUCUACUGGCUUGCCUAUCUUUUUCAGCAACCCUUCGUAACCGCCUUUCCCA